UCUGUGUGGGGCGUUCAGCUCGGCGGCGUCGCGCCCACCUCCCUCUCUCCAGCUCCGGGAAUCGGACUGACUUUCUGGCUCCGGCAGCACUGACAAACCCCGCUCUGCUCCUCCAGGACUGACGAACGCUCAGAGUCUGGGAUAAAUCUCCAUUUGAAGUUUUCUUUCCAUUUCCUGUUGGUUUCUCUUCUCGCCGUCCUAGCGGCACAGCAGCAGCAGCGGCGGCGGCACUGAUUCCUCUCUGGCGUCGGACGGAGCGGGGAUUCAACUUAGACGAACCCGCAGACAUUUUGUUAUUUCUGAGAAUUAGACGCGUUCCUUUUUCCUUCCUCAGUGCGGGGCAAAGUGGACGCUCGUGAAGGGCCGACACAAGACGGAGGAAGAAGAAGCCAUUACCGAGCUAGCUCCAGCCCCGGACGCGUCCGCGUGUGGAACGUUAUUCGUUUACCCGCGUUUAGCUCGCGUCGCUGCCGCUGGUGCGUCGAGGCGGAAAACAGCGAUGAAUCAUUUUGACGGACAGCGUCUGAAGCAUUAGCUGAAGCGGAGAGGAGCCCGGCGCUGGUGCUGCUUUCCUGCCCACAGACCCAGUGAACAGAGGGGACAGUCACCGCUCCUCCACCACCCAGACAAGAGCCCGAGCCUCUUCCACCCCACUUAUCCUCCGCUUAGUGUUGAUCAUCUAUUUAUUCCUGCUAGUUUUGCUCGUGGGGGGGGGGAGCUGGGUCGCUAGCUACCGUGUAAGCUAGUCGUCCGGCUAACGCUGGACAGCUCCUGGUGAAGGCUGGGCUAGCUGUGGACAAAGGAGCAGCGCGAGGAGAAAAAUUACAAACAGGGCACACAGUUGAUCGUGUUUAGGAAGGAGAGCAACAAACAAGGGACUGACAUGAUGUUUCCACAAUCCAGACACUCAGCUUCAUCGCAGCAGCUGAAAUUCACAACCUCCGACUCCUGUGACAGGAUCAAGGAUGAGUUCCAGUUCCUCCAAGCACAAUACCACAGUUUGAAGCUUGAGUGUGACAAGUUGGCCAGUGAGAAGUCAGAGAUGCAGCGCCAUUAUAUCAUGUACUAUGAGAUGUCCUAUGGGCUCAAUAUUGAGAUGCACAAACAGGCUGAGAUAGUGAAGAGAUUGAAUGGGAUCUGUGCACAAGUCCUCCCCUACCUGUCUCAGGAGCACCAGCAGCAGGUUCUGGCGGCCAUAGAGAGGGCCAAGCAGGUCACCCCUCCAGAGAUGAACUCCAUCAUAAGGCAGCAGCUCCAGGCUCACCAGCUGUCACAGCUCCAGGGCCUGGCCCUACCCAUGACCCCCCUGCCUCUGGGCUUGAGCCAGCCAACCCUCCCCGCUGUCACCACCUCCUCCGGUCUCUUCUCCCUCUCCUCCCUGCUGGCCUCCCAAGCCCAGCUGGCCAAGGAGGAGAAAGCGUCACGCGAAGGAGUCGACAGCCACCGCGAGGAGGAUGGAGACAAGUCUGAUUAGAUGGUUUCCCGUUCAGCUCUGUUUCUAUCCAGAGACCUGAAUCCUGAGAUCCGAGCCCCCUUGGCCUACAGUCGCUCUCCUGGUCUCCCUCUAUCUGACCUUAGCUAUCAUUGGCUUUAAUCCCUUCACUAUUUACCAUUUACCUGGGUGUUUUUUUAUCCUCCCUUCUCUCUAUCACAUCAGUGUCUCUCUCUUGUAUGCUGUGUCUUUUCUUCAAACACUUUUUUGUGUAUGUAAUACAACUUGUUUCUACCAUGUUUUUUCUUUUUUAUCAGUACUACUUUCUAUUUCGGUUGCUUCCUGCCGUCCUGUUGCUCUGUCUCAUGUUUAGUUUCAGGGUUUUUUUCACCAUCCCUCUCUUCCUGUCACCCCCCCACCUCUUGCCUCUGUUCUGAGGGGGCUUAGACAGCACUGUCAGACAGGACUGAUCCGUUGGAAUGAACACGCAGUUGUGUUAAAACAAGCAAAUUGUUAAACAGAGGGAUUCUUUGGCGAGUUGUGAAACCUGUCGCACACAUCCUAUCAUUCCUACAAAACUCACUUUCCUAAGAUAAGGCCUCACAUAGUUCAAUAGUGUUGAUUUGUUUUGUGGCAGUUCACAUUGCAUGCAUUCAUUCAAACAUAAACUUGAGUUGUGAGGUUAAAUGGAUGGAUCAGAGAAUUGUUUGAAUAUUGCCUAAUGCCCAAACUAAAGAGAGAGAUAUACCUGUUGUUUGUUUCCUACAGCUACUGUCACAUUCUGACCAAAAACUGCUGCGUUUAGAGCAGAAUUGUUUUAAGACACCUCUCGACAAAAAAGAGAUCUUGUGUAUAAUCCUGAAUUAAUAUGGAGAAAGGAAAAGCACCUUGUUAGAGCUAACCUCAUUCCGAGAGCUGUCAGUCUAGAUAAAAAACCCACAUUAGUAAGUAAUCCCCCCAUUUACGAUCCUCGCCUGACCCUGUGAGGUACGUCGGAUAAAUCCGCCCAGCACCUUAAAUACAAGGCAACUUUUUUUUAAUCAGACAUUAAAGAGAGCAGAGGUAGAAACAAAAAGAACUGAGAUGCCACUUGACUCGUGCCCCCCCCCAACCGCCCUUUUCAUCGUAAUGUGCACUAAUAUUAGAGACUUGCAGGGACAGAGCGUGCAUGUUGUGUGUUUGACAGCAGAGGGCAGCGUGUGUCUUUGAAGAAGUCCUUGACGGGCUCAGGCUUGAGCUAUAAACAAGGACAGGACAGAGAGCAAGCCGUGUCACGAGGGGAAUGUCUUAUUUAUUCUUGCUGAGUGUACAAACUUAAUAAACAGAGAUGAGACUGGAGACAUUAAAACUCUGCAUGCGGUCCGUCCCAGUCUCUGUCAUGAACCAGAUCUUGAGGAGUAGCCUUUGGUCCAUUUUAAGCAACAUCUCUGUCCUCACAUUAAGAUGAAACAGUGUCCCUCUGUACAUUCAAAUUUCCGCAGUGCAUUUUGAUUUACUGUGAACACACAGGUCUGCCACAUACUUAACUAACACAACAUUGCACAGGUGAUUUCACAUCAUAAUACGGCACCGAUUGGGAAAUCUCCAAGAUCUAACAAAUUUAUAUCAGACAGAUGAAGCACUGAAAGCUUUUUCAGCUCCGUCAGUCUCACGAGCCCUGCUCACCCACCCUGCUGUUUUCAUUUAUAAUUUUACUCUGUUUGAUUAGACCCCUCGUCAGGGGGAAGUUGAAACUGUCUGCAGGUACACGCUGCCAUUUUAUUUGUGUUUCGCAACACUGUAAACUUCAUAGUGCCCCCAGUGGCUCAAACACAGACCGUACAGUAUGUUUACAAAGUCCCCAGCUUCUGGACUUUUGCUGCAUCCUGUUCCCUCUCUUCCUGUCAUUUCUUCACUGUCUGACUGACUGAAGCGAAAAUGAACCAAAAGUGCUAAAACAAAUCCCACAAAUUCAGAAUUGAGUGCUCACUACAGAGCAGUAGCUCUUUUAUGGCAUGCCCCCUUUCCCUUCAGAAGCGGAAACUAAAUCAUCCAAAAGUAAACCAAAAAAAAGAUUCAAUGUAAAUUUAGUAAUAAGGGGUCAAAACUCUUAUUUGGUAAUUGUUGCUAUGUUAAAAAUACUUUUUCAAUUUGGUUGAUUACAUUUUCCUCUGGUCAUCAUCACACACUGUAGUAGCUCCACCUCCCCAGUUUGAGAACCACUCGAGAAAAACUGUGGGUAACCUGAUCUAUGUAAAUGAGGGAGGGAUUUCAGACAAUGUCUAUUUACUAUUGAAAGUAAUGUAAGUUGAAUUUACACAUUUACAUGAUAGUGGAACAGAUUGUUGAUUCCCACGUUUAUAAGUCAAGCCGUCAGUAAACAACUGAAGGACUGAAGAGUUGCGUGUUCUCUGUGAAGGUUACAGACACUGUGAAUUGACAAUAUACCACUCUUUCCAUUACAUUUCAGUUUAAUUAUAAAGGGCUUUGGUUGACAUGAGGCAUUUGGCUCUCAGGCUUGUCUGAUGUAUUAAAUGCAAUGUCACACACAUCAGUUUUCAGGAAAAAACAAGUCUUUCCCACUUUCUAAAACUUUAACUCUGAUGACAUAAAUGCAGCAAAACAUGUGCAACAAAACUACUGGCGGUGUGACGGAGCAUAAUCUCCACGUCAUGUGAAACGGGGCAUACAUUCAUAUUUUAGUCAUGUGAGCAAAGCCGUCAGCAGAUGGUACUCUGCAGAAAGACAAACCUUUUGAUCUCCAUGUCCAGUUAGUGCACGACGAGGUCACGUGAGGAGGUCCAAUCAGGCAACAUGAGUGAGAACACGUGUGUGCAUGGACACCUGUGUAAAGCCAACAUGUCUCCAUUGCAUGUUUGAAAGUUUGAAGCAGGAUGAAAAUCACAAACACACAUUUCCAGCAGAGGAAUCCUCAGUGGUAUCGAACUUGUGACACUGUAGGUCCACAGAGGUGAUUGGAUUUAGUGGCGACCUGUUUGUAUGAUUGUUGCUUUGACUUUAUGUUUUACACACACACACUUUCUCAGCCUCCCCUCUGUUUUAAUGGCUUCAGUGUGAUUGAAUGGAUAUGAAGAGUUUCAUUCCCAAACUUUUUACACAUGUUGAAAUAAUCUCUGGAACAAUGAUAAAGCACAUUUUAUUGUUGACGUCACCUUAAAACUGCUGAUUCAUGUGCGAGUUUGAUACAGUGGAAAUUCAGGAAGCAAAAAAACCAACAUCUCCAAAUAAAGGAAUCUCAGAAUGAAACCCUUUAUGUGUGUGAAAGUGUCUGUGGGACGAUCCUGCAGCUUUGUGUACGCAUGUGAACGAGGUGUGUGUGUAAACAGUUGUACAGGUUCAGCCGUCAGUGACAAACCACAGGAAUGAAAUGCAUCGCUGUUCUUACAAAUGCUAACAUGCUCGUGAAUUUAAGCUUGCAGCACAUCGUCGUCCCAUCCAGCCACAUGCUGUAUGUAUCUAUCUACAUACUGUAGUUGUCGUAGUGAUAUGCAGAGCAUGUAGACAAAGUGACACACACCCACACAUAAGUGCAUGUCUGCGGGGGAACUGAGAGUGAUUUCCUUUCUAGUGGAGACAUUUUUUUUUAAAGAAUGUUUGUUCCAGAUUUUCUGUGGUCAAUGCACUUGUUUUUUUAUUUUUGUUAUCUUUAAAUCUUUGUUUUUAAAUAUUCGAUAUGAACUAGAACCAGAGUUACAAAGCUGACGUUAUAAACAUAGAAACGAGAAUCUAUGUAUUUGUUAAAGUAGUUGGAGGUGCUGGCCUCUGUAUACAGUUAUACAUAGAAAGCUUUAUGUGUAUAUGGCUGCAUCUUCUCUUGUCUGUCCUUGAUGAUUCUUGUGCUAUUGUGUUACAAACCUGAUGUGACACCAGGGGGGGAAACAACUGCAGUACGUUGACCUUUUUUUGCCCUUUGACCUCUUUCCUCCUCUCUGACCCCCCCACCCCCCACCCAUCCCACCACAUCCCAUUUACUCCCACGUCACAUCACCCACCCCAACCCAAACUUUUUGCCCCAUAGCGUGAAGCAUUGUAAGCGUUUUGAGCUUUGUAAAGGUCUUUUUUAAAUACUUAUUUUGUGUAUAAUGUAAAACCUGAAAGUGUGUACUUUGGCGGAAAAAAAAAAUGUUUUUGUGUCUGGAACCAUAGCUUCAUUUAAACAAAUAAACCAUAACAACAACAAAAAGAAACUAUAAAAAAAAGUACAACAAACAUUUACUAUAAAUAAUAUGAAAUGUUCUGCAGUAAAGAAGGACUUCUUGUGCCUUACAAAUAAAGUCAAUCAAAUCAUAUAAGAAA